AUGGCGGGGGGAAGGAAAGGACUUGUUGCCCCUCAGAAUACUUUUUUGGAAAAUAUUGUCAGACGUUCUAAUGACACAAAUUUUGUGCUCGGGAAUGCCCAGAUAGUGGACUGGCCUAUUGUAUACAGUAAUGAUGGAUUCUGCAAAUUGUCUGGAUACCAUCGAGCAGAGGUUAUGCAAAAGAGCAGUACUUGCAGUUUCAUGUUUGGAGAGUUAACAGACAAAGAAACAAUUGAAAAAGUACAGCAGACAUUUGAAAACUAUGAGAUAAACUCAUUUGAAAUCCUUAUGUACAAAAAGAACAGGACACCAGUGUGGUUCUUUGUGAAAAUUGCUCCAAUUCGAAAUGAGCAAGAUAAGGUGGUACUAUUUCUUUGCACCUUCAGUGAUAUCACAGCGUUCAAACAACCCAUUGAAGAUGAGUCAUCUAAAGGCUGGGGUAAAUUUGCCCGUCUGACAAGAGCCCUUACAAGCAGCAGAGGUGUUCUACAGCAGCUUGCUCCUACUGUACAUAAGGGAGAAAGUGUUCAUAAGCAUUCACGGCUGGCUGAGGUAUUACAGCUUGGGUCUGAGAUCCUUCCACAAUACAAGCAAGAGGCACCAAAGACUCCACCACAUAUCAUCUUGCAUUACUGCGCAUUCAAAACUUCCUGGGAUUGGAUAAUCCUGAUUCUGACUUUCUACACUGCAAUCAUGGUUCCAUACAAUGUCUCCUUCAAGACCAAACAGAACAAUGUGACUUGGCUGGUUGUUGACAGUAUAGUUGAUGUAAUCUUCUUAGUAGACAUUGUCCUCAAUUUUCAUACCACCUUCGUUGGGCCAGCAGGAGAGGUCAUUUCAGACCCAAAGCUCAUCCGUAUGAAUUAUUUGAAGACCUGGUUUGUUAUAGAUCUUCUCUCCUGUCUGCCAUAUGAUGUCAUCAAUGCAUUUGAAAAUGUAGAUGAGGGCAUCAGCAGUCUCUUCAGCUCACUGAAAGUUGUUAGGCUUCUUCGCUUGGGUCGAGUAGCUCGGAAGUUGGACCAUUACAUUGAAUAUGGAGCAGCUGUAUUGGUACUGCUUGUGUGUGUUUUUGGGCUUGCAGCACAUUGGCUGGCUUGCAUCUGGUAUAGCAUUGGGGAUUACGAAGUCAUCGAUGAAGAAUUAAACAGGAUCAGAACAGAUAGCUGGCUCUACCAAUUGGGAGAAACUAUUGGAAUGCCAUAUCACUUUAAUACAAGUGGGACUGAAAAAUGGGAAGGUGGACCAAGUAAAGACUCUGUGUACAUUGCCUCACUCUACUUUACAAUGACCAGCCUCACCAGUAUUGGGUUUGGUAAUAUUGCUCCCACAACCGACGGUGAGAAGAUUUUUGCUGUGGCUAUGAUGAUGAUUGGCUCUCUCCUGUAUGCAACCAUCUUUGGUAAUGUGACGACGAUCUUCCAGCAAAUGUAUGCUAAUAGCAACAGAUACCACGAGAUGCUGAACUGUGUCCGAGACUUUUUGAAACUUUAUCAGGUGCCCAAGGGCCUCAGCGAGCGUGUCAUGGACUACAUUGUUUCUACAUGGUCAAUGUCUAAAGGAAUUGACACAGAAAAGGUUCUAGAAAUUUGUCCCAAGGAUAUGCGAGCAGACAUUUGUGUCCACUUAAACCGCAAAGUGUUCAAGGAGCACCCAGCAUUUAGACUGGCAAGUGAUGGCUGUCUCCGAGCUCUGGCAAUAGAGUUUCAAACCAUACACAGUGCUCCAGGAGAUCUAAUUUACCAUGCAGGCGAAAGCGUGGACAACCUUUGUUUUGUGGUUUCUGGGUCCUUGGAAGUAAUUCAAGAUGACGAAGUUGUUGCAAUCCUAGGGAAGGGAGAUGUCUUUGGAGAUGUUUUCUGGAAGGAAAAUACCCUUGCUCAGUCAUGCGUCAAUGUCAGAGCCCUGACUUAUUGUGACCUUCACGUUAUCAAAAGAGAUGCCUUGCAGAAAGUACUGGAAUUUUAUACAGCCUUUGCAAACUCCUUUUCAAGAAACCUUAUCCUAACAUAUAAUCUUAGAAAAAGGAUUGUGUUCAGGAAGAUCAGUGAUGUGAAGCGUGAAGAAGAAGAAAGAAUGCGGAGAAAGAAUGAGGCUCCAUUAAACCUGCCUCCUGACCAUCCUGUACGCAGACUUUUCCAAAGGUUCAGACAACAGAAGGAGGCUCGUUUAGCAGCAGAAAGAUUGAAGGAUGCUAAUGAUAUAGAGAAAGGCAUUGCACAGUUAGAUGGCCAUGUAACAAAUGCUGCAGCAACAACCAGCGUGGUUACAGUAACUGAAAGUCCAGCAACUCCAGUCCCUUCACAAGUGGUUAGAGCCUCGACAUCAGAGACAUCAGACCAGGAUAAACUGCAGGCUCCAACAUCUGAGCAAUUUGCAGCUGCUAGACAAUCUGGUGAAUCCGGUAAGCGAAAGGGCUGGUCAAAAUUUAAAGAUUCUGCUUCUAAAGCAGAAGACUGGAAUAAAGUAUCAAAGGCAGAAUCGAUGGAGACUUUACCAGAAAGAACUAAAACACGCGAAGAGAUGUCUCUGAGAAAAACAGAUUCAUGUGAUAGCGGUAUCACAAAGAGCGAUCUGAGAUUAGACAACGCAGGAGAAACACGGAGCCCUCAGGACCGAAGCCCUGUGCAGACGGAGGCAAAGCACACUUUUUAUCCAAUUCCUGAACAAACCCUUCAAGCAACCAUUUUGGAAGUAAAAAGUGAGCUGAAACAGGACAUCAAGUCCCUGAAUAACAAGAUCACCAACAUUGAAAAACAACUUUCAGAAAUACUGAGGAUAUUGAAUGCAAGAUCCUCAAAUUCGCCACAGGAAAUAUUUGAAAUAUCAAGACCAACAACCCCAGAAUCUGAUAAGGAAGACCAACAGUUCUAG